AUGGAGCAGAGAAGCAAUGGGUUAGAGGGGCGGCAGGAGGCAGUACUAGGCCCCACCAAGGGCCUUGCAGCAGGAAGCGGGGGUCAGGGGCCGGAAGCGGGCCUCGGUUCGCUCUUCUCCCUGCCCCUCUCUGCUUCUGACAAUGAAGCUAAGAAGUCCGAGGGUCGCAGGAUGAUGCGGCUCAGAAAACAUCCUGGUUGGCUCUCUUACCCCACAGUUAGGGAAAUUGAGGCACAGGAGAAUUCGGGAAGCAGGCUGGCUAUAGAGGAACAGCCAGUGGACGAAAGCCCUAAAGCUGACAAAAGCCCUGAAGCUGACUUGCCAGCUUUGUGGGGCUGUCUUGGGGUAUUGCAGCCUGGUUGCCUCCACGGGGCAGGGGGGCUCUUGGAGGUGCAUCCCCCUGGGGCAGAGGUGCCAGUGGCCCUGGGCGGCUCUCUGCAGCUCACCUGCCGGCUGCUGUGCGCUGAUCCCGGGGCCACCGCAUCGGUGCGCUGGCGCGGCCUGGACACCAGCCUAGGCGCCAUGCAGCCGGGUUCGAACCUGAGUGUCCUCUACGUGCGCAACGCCUCGCUGGGCGCCGCGGGCACGCGUGUGUGCACCGGCUCCUGCGGGCGCGAAUCCUACCAGCGCUCCGUGAAGCUUCUGGUAUUCGCCUUUCCGAACCAGCUGUCUGUCUCUCCCCGGGCGCUGGUGCCUGGGCAAGAGCUGGAGGUGGCCUGCACCGCCCACAAUGUCACACCAGCCCACCCGGACGCCCUGUCUUUGUCUCUCCUCCUGGGGGACCGGGAGCUGGAAGGGCUUCAGGUCCUGAACCGGGAGGUGGAGGAGGAAGACAAGGGAGACGAGGUGCAGGAAGGUGAGGACCCUCUGUUCCGAGUCACCCAGAGCUGGCAGCUGCCUCCAUUGGACACUGUCAGCCCACCCGCCACUCUGCACUGUCAGGCCACCAUGAGCCUACCAGGCUUGGAACUCACCCAUUUGCUGCCCAUUCCAGUCCUGAAGACCCCCUCUUCCCCGGAGCCUUCUGUUACCACCACCCUGGACGUUACCUCUGUGCAAGAUCACACCCACAGCGCCAGCACACAGAGCCCCACACCUCAGACCCAGACCCGCACCCCCAAGCCCUGCCAUCCCCACAUCUGGCAGUGGCAGGUACCAACUGGUCUGGAACUUCUGUGUGAGGCCGACUGUGGUCCCGAUGCACUUGUGCACUGGACACGGGCCCCCGGAGGGCUGGCAGCCUUCGAAAAGUGGGAGACAGGGCCCCAGGCUUGGCUGAGUCUGCCCUGGACCAAGUGCAGUGCUAAGGGCUGGUUCCAGUGCCGUGUGGACCCCGGAGGCCUGAAUGCCAGCCUGUAUGUGAUCCCCAAAAUCUGUUCCCCACCAAUUCCCGCAGAGCUUUGGGCUGGCACCAUGGUCCUAGGGCUUUUGCUGCUGGUUCUGGUCACCUAUCACCUGUGGAGACGCUGCAAACACGCUUGCUGA